AUGGUGUUGCGACCGUGUGAGGAAUACGGUAGUUACACGAUGGAUAACUACCCGCAAACCGGCGGCGGUGGCCAUCAUUUUUACGAGAGUAUUAAAACCGAAAUGGAAAGUUUUCGGUUGCGUGGCGCGGACGGAGAUUUUUCGGCGUCGGUGGCAGCCACGUCCGAUGCAUUACUCAGUGACGACACCAGCUCGAUAGCGUCAAAGAAACGAAUAGACAGUAUGUUCAAGACGACCGCUUCCGUUGCGGGCGACACUAAGCGGACGUCCGGCCACCGCACUGGCCGUCAGACCAAGUCGUUGGCCGACGACAAGAACCACUACGAUGAAGGUGCAGGUGGCGGAUAUUUUGAUUACGGUUAUGCCCCCGGCACCAACGAUAAAAACAACAACUGCAACAAUAACAACAAUAAGAAUACGGUACAAGAGAAGAUCGAAAAGAUGUUUGCGGAAAUCAGUUCCUCGGAACUCGACACGGAUGUAUCGAUGGACUCCUCAGCGGUUGCAGAGACGGGUAGCAACAAAUUCCACGUGCAUUACAUAGGGUGCGCGGGGCUGUCGGGCAAGAUAUCAUCAUUGGAGGGCCUUCAGAAGCCCGUCCGAGACAUGUACUUCGGUUACCGGGAAAACCAACACCAUUACCGCGGCGGUGGUAUCCCGAACCGUGGUUAUUACGACGACGAGGUCCGGACCGAAGCGCGGCGUGACUUCUCCGGGCUGUUGGAGAUAUCGGCAGCCGGUCUUACCAUCCGGUACAGGAACGGGUUGGGUGACACGGAGCAGCGAACCAAUGCAUUCCCAUCGAUCGCUGUGUGGGCGGCUUUGAAAUAUGUGUGCCGCCGCCGGUCGCCACCACCGCAACGGAGAAUCGUCGGAGAAGCCACCACCACCGUCGUCGGUUACGAGUACGCUUUCCUGCCGCUGAUCGCCGAUCCAGAUGGUUCGGACAAGGCGCCGCUGUUUCGGGACAUGGACGCCGGCGACAGGGCCCGGCUGGACGCAGCCGGUGACCACGCACCCGUCUUCGCGGUGGUCACACGCGCGGCCGGCAAGCGGCUUGAAUGUCACGGGUUUGCGUGUGAGACAGAAAACGACGCUUUGCUCAUGGCAGCCAACCUAUACGGGGCCCUAGUAACGGCUAUGUCUUCGGCCGCGGCGGCGGUAGACGUGGACGCGCCGACGUCCGGUGAGGCGGCCGGACGACGGGCCGCUCCUUCGGCCAGGCGAGUCAUCCGACAGCGGAACGGGUUCACGAGCAUGAGUAGCACGGCUGGUUCGAGCGUGGCCGGUGGUGGAGUAGGGGAGGAGGCGCCCGCCUUACCACCGCCUCGUCCACCACGCAGGAACAAAAAGUCCACAUCAUCUGUCAGCGCUUCGACGUCGGCCGGCGAUGACGGGGGAAGCGUUCCGUCGGCAAUGACUUCGGUGCGGACAGACGACGACAGAGGUGGUGACGUGUGCAGCGGUGCUAAAACGUUCCAGUUGACUGUCAAACAGCCUCCGUCGCUCCAACGGGGUGUGUGUAACAGUAGCAGCGCUGCGGGCUUGGCGGACAUGCAGUCCCGCAGCACUAGACAGCAACGUUUGGAUGGUGGCGGUGACAUACUCACCAAAGUGGCCAUACCCAGGAGCAGGAGUUUUCUGAAUUCCAACGGGCUGGCGUCCACUAAGUACUCGAGACGGGCGGCUGGUUGCGGGAUCGAGACGGCCGCGGCAGACAGGCACCGACGCCGAAGCAAUGGUAGCGGUGUCAUGGGCUUCUCGGACAUGUUCAACGAGCUGCGCGCACAAGAGGGCCUGAACAACAUGGACGACAUAUUAAACGCCAUCAUCAACGUGGAGGGUAUGUCAUACAAUGACCUGAAGCCCAUUUACAAGGAGUUUCUAAUGAAAUUGGCGUUGACGCUUACCAAAGACGAGCUGUACCAGCGUACCAAAGCAAUAAUGACGGAACAGAAACGUAAGCGGAACAAGCGGCGUCCAGCGGUAGCCACACAGGCGGCCGGCCGCGGGCGACGUUUCAAUGACAAGCUGCGCGAUGCGUUCAACUUGCGGGCGGCCAAGUCGCGAAUCGGCUCAGUAUUGUUGCCGGAUUUUUGCAAGCGCCAAAACCGGAACAGUACGUCCAGGAAACAACAACAACAACUAGUGCAGCAACAUCAACAACAACAACAAAAGCGACGUCGAUGUUCGUGUUCGAUGAUCACAGGAUCAUCCACCAGUCCAGCGGACCGGAAACCGGAACGCAAAUUUCAGCGGCGGGUCACUGCGGGCAAACGAUCAGCGGUCAAGUCGGCAAGCAAAGGCCGACAAACGUCAGCCACAUCGUCGUCACCCGUUUGCAGCACUUCCGAUGACAGUGACUUUUUUGCUGCCGCGGCGAUGCGACAACGGCAACAUCAACAACUCCAACAACAACUGCUGCAGCAACUGCCACAGCUCUACAAGAAGACGUCCAAAAAGCGUGGAGGCGGUGGUCGAGGAACGGCUACAGCGUCCGAGGCUGGUUGCCUGCACCGGGCGUCCAGUGGUUACUUUAGCUGUUCCGAAUGUAGCGGUGGCGGUGCGGCUGACGAAGACGGGUGCAGUUGCUGCGGUGACGGCGCGAUGGAACCCACGUCGCUGGUGUCAUGCAGCUGUGACUCGGACAGCUGCGCGGACAGCGACAAGUGUUACUGUGGCCGUCCUAGGCGCCCACGGAACAUAUUCGAUGAGCUCAAGAGCCGCGGGUUCGCCGCGUCCGAGUCGAGCGUGUCGAGGGCAGACUCGCCGGGCACCGCAUGGAAAAAGAAUGAGCUACUCAUGCUGCUGCAGCAACGACACGACGAUAGCGGCCCCGGUAUGUGCGGCGAAUCGUCUCCCGCGGCUACGGGCGGCGGCAAGUGUGGCAUCGAACCGUCCAAGAGCAUCGAAUACCUGCAGAUGACGCACCGGGCCCGUCCGAGCGUCGCCACCAACGUCACCGGCGCAAAAUCGACCCCGGCUGCUGGUUCGUCGUCUUCGCCGUCGUCAUCCUUGUCCGCGGCCACCGUGUACUCGUCGUCGUCCGCGGUGCACCAACGUCGGCCCCAACCAUCACGCGGUGCCAAACACCACCACCGCCGUUCGGGUUCGAGCGGUUCGGACAACUUUCGCGCUAUCGAUUACGCGCUAUUCGCGGCCACUGCUGACGGCGCUGCGGGGCAGCGAAAGACACGCGGCUGCGGUGGCACCCGUCAAAAUCACCGCCGUCCGGAUGUCUCGAUGGCCGCCUCGUCGUCGUCUGUCGCGGUGGGCAGGCGGUCGUAUAGCUCCGAAGCGGUGCACAUGACCGGCUGUCGGGUGCAGUACGGCGGCCACUCGCGACAGCCUGCACUGCCGCAGCAGAUGAAGCAGAAGGCCAGGCGACAUUCCGUCCACGACGGCGGCGGCGGCGAUGAAGUCCUGUCAACCUUUUUCAAAUCAGGCAUUGAAAACUCGUUAGGCUACUAUCCGUGA